CAGUGCACCUAUAUAAAGCAUCGGACCUCGCGCGACUUUUUCUUUCUCACUGCAUGUCCAUGUCAUGACCGGUCACCCAUUGACAACCACCACAGCACACACUGUUGGAGUCAGCGAUCAACGCACAUCAGGCGCAGCAAAGUCCAAACAAGCGGCGCUCAUUGCAGCGCGUUCAGUUUUCAUCUCUUCAUCGAUAGUGCUUCCAAAAUAACACGUAUGAGCAGGGCUAGAGGAGAUACCAGGCGACAUAUUGGAUGUGAAUUGCAUCACAGAAUCAGGACUGAGUAGCCCAGGGGUGGACACGAAAUAAUUCAUAAGGGGUUGAUGAGGAACAGGUAUGAUGAGCGCAGGAGGUGCGAGAGUAUGCGUGUAUUUUGCAGAUGGAGAUGGCGGUGGGAGUGCAGGGAGGGGAGCAGUGGGGGGUGGAGCGAGGCUUCUGGCCUUCGAGAUUGGAGUGUUCGCAAACGAAACAUCCAUAAUUUUCGAGUCAUUGGUGCCAAACGCGGGCAGCCGUUUGAAAUCAUAUGCCCUCGUGUAUGCGGGCCUGGCGAUUAUGCGAUUUCGGCCACCGAUGCUGCGCUCUUGCAGGAAGCCAUCUCAGACCAAAGACGGGUUCUACCGAACACCUCAGAUGGACAUGACAUCACCGCAUCCCUUGUGCCUGCGUCGGUCCCUGAACAUCGAGGGAUGGAUAAGCCACCGCGAGACAUUCAUCGUCGUACGACCUCCACCGAGUAAAUCAAACCAUCCGCUCAAUCUCCAGGUUCAACUUGUACCCCCUCAAUCUCGACAUGAUCGACCUCAUGCGACUGUCCAGGCCCUCGACCAAUCAGCCCCAGACACAACUGACUCCACCUCUGACUCCACUGAUCUUCGAAGAAAGCCUUCUGGCCAGUCAGAAACGUCUACGGCUUCAGCUUACACCUCUGCAACCUCUAUAUCAUCAUUUACUUCGUUGUCAACUACGAGCUCAGGACGUCGCAUGAUCAUCCCACUUUACAAUCUUCAAGCUCACAACGUCAUGACCAAUGUUAUAGUGGAUGCUGGCACUGAUGCCAAAGCGGCCAAAUUCGCCGAGAGAGGUUUGAGAAUACUUGGUCUAGCCAUCCUCGUGCCUAUCAGGUUGACUUUGUGAUUCAGUGCCGUGACCCGUCCCACCGAAAUUUACAAAGGUUGAAGGUCUUAACGAAGUAGAGAAGGUUCAGUCGACAACGGCCUAAUAUAUGCGAGAGAGAAAUUGUGAGACAUUCGAAUGAGGCUCCGCAUGCACUGACGAAAACGAAUGUCUCACCUAUCUCACUACAUAUACAGUCCACGAUGAGGUCACUUCAAUCUUAACCAAGUCAUGUUACAUUCUGCUGCCGGGGAACAUCAACUAGAGCCUCCUACACGCAGCUUCCCGGGCCAUCCGCAGCGGCAGUCUUAUUGAUAACUACAUUCUGCAAGACCCAUGUCAUCAGGAAAUCAACCCGAAAUUGAUAUGACCAGACAGGAUUGGUAACCAAAACUCAUUAUGACACGUC